CCACUGUUUCAAUUCAAUUCAAUUCAAGAUCUCAAUCACAUCACAUCACGCCAAGAUCCUCUUUCUUUCCAAAACCCUAGACUUAGACUCUAUUAUGCUUCCCCAUUUCGAUGUGGGGCUUCUUGGGAGCGGGUUAACUUAGCGAGGAAAAUGCUCCGUCUGGUCUUUGCCGUCACUGCGCUGUUCCUCUUCCUCUGGGAGGGUUGCCAGUGCCAUGGCCACGUCUACACGUUCACCAUGCACCACCGCCACUCCGAGCCCGUCAGAAAGUGGUCCCGCGACGCCGCCGGAAUCCCCGCUCCGCCGGAAAAGGGCACCGUCGAGUACUACGCCGACUUGGCCGACCGCGACCGCCUCCUUCGCGGCCGCAAACUCUCCCAAAUCGACGCCGGACUCGCUUUCUCCGAUGGCAACUCCACCCUCCGCAUCAGCUCCCUCGGAUUAUUCAUACAGUUUGCAUUAUACGACAGUGCAAAUAGGGACACCGGGAGUAAAGUUCAUGGUGGCGCUUGAUACAGGAAGUGACCUGUUCUGGGUACCCUGUGAUUGCACAAGAUGUGCUGCUACUGAUAGCACAGCCUUUUCUUCAGCCUUGGCUUCAGAUUUUGACCUUAAUGUAUACAAUCCUAAUGGAUCUUCAACAAGCAAGAAGGUCACUUGUAACAACAGUAUGUGCAUCCACCGCAACCAAUGCCUCGGGACGUUAAGCAACUGCCCCUACAUGGUCUCUUAUGUAUCUGCUGAAACGUCUACAUCGGGAAUACUCGUUGAAGAUGUUCUGCACUUGACAAAAGAAGAUAACCACCAAGACCUUGUUGAAGCAAAUGUCAUAUUUGGAUGUGGACAAAUUCAGAGUGGAUCAUUCUUAGAUGUUGCUGCUCCGAAUGGUUUGUUUGGGCUAGGUAUGGAGAAAAUAUCAGUUCCUAGCAUGUUAUCAAGGGAAGGAUUUACAGCGGAUUCAUUCUCCAUGUGUUUUGGCCGUGAUGGCAUUGGAAGGAUAAGUUUUGGGGACAAGGGAAGUUUUGAUCAGGAUGAGACUCCAUUUAAUAUGAACCCAUCACACCCUACCUAUAACAUCACAGUCACUGAAGCCCGUGUAGGAACCACUCUAAUUGAUGUGGAAUUCACAGCACUUUUUGAUUCUGGGACCUCUUUUACAUAUCUGGUUGAUCCAACCUAUACGAGGCUUACUGAGAGUUUUCAUUCCCAAGUACAAGACAGGCGGCGUCCAUCAGAUUCAAGAAUCCCUUUUGAAUAUUGUUAUGAUAUGAGUCCCAACGCAAAUACUAGCCUGAUUCCUAGUGUGAGUUUAACUAUGGGAGGUGGAAGCCAUUUUGCGGUUUAUGAUCCAAUAAUUAUUAUCUCUACUCAGAGCGAACUUGUAUAUUGUCUAGCAGUUGUCAGAAGUGCUGAGCUAAACAUAAUUGGACAAAAUUUCAUGACUGGUUACCGAGUAGUAUUUGACCGAGAAAAGCUUGUAUUGGGAUGGAAGAAAUCUGACUGUUAUGACAUUGAGGAUCAUGAUGCCAUCCCAACAAGAUCACACUCACACGCAGAUGUGCCUCCUGCUGUGGCUGCCGGGCUUGGUAAUUACCCUGCCACCGAUUCAACUAGAAAGACCAAAUACAACUCUCCGAGGUCAAUUGCAUCACCAUCUUCACAUUAUAUCCAUACUUCACUUCCAACUUUCCUCGGAUUUCUUCUAUUUUGUUUUGUUUAUAUUCUAUAAUCAUUCAUUUGUAUGGGCUAGUUGUAGUUUAGCUCAUAUUCUUGAUCUACUUGUUGAUAUUAGAGUAUCUUGAUAUAGUCGUGAAGAAUAUGUAUGAAUUUUACUCUCGUGAUAUAACACUGUAAAUGCCAUUUGCAUUGUGUUUCCCUUCUCACAAUUAUUAUUCUGCUACUUAUCGGGGAAAGGAGGGAGGAUGCAUGUUUUCAUGUUAAAAUUCUCUCAAGUUUAACUUGCGAUCUGUAAGCUUGAGACUUCUUAAAUGCAAUUUAUUUAUUGGAACAUCUGAGGUUUUUAUUUCAA